AUGUCCGCUGACGAAUACAAAGCCGAGGGUAACAAAUUCUUCGCUGCCAAGGAGUUUGACAAAGCUAUUGAGCAGUUCACAAAUGCCAUUGAAGCCUCCGAACUGCCCAACCACGUCUUGUAUUCCAACAGAUCAGCUUGCUACGCUUCCUUGAAGAACUUUGGUAAAGCUCUCGAGGACGCCGAGAAAUGUGUGGAAAUCAACGCCACGUGGGCAAAGGGCUACAACCGUGUGGGUGCUGCUCAGUACGGUUUGGGCAACUUGGACGAUGCUCAGGUUUCUUACUCCAAGGCCUUGGAGUUGGAUCCAGCUAACGCUAUGGCCAAGAGCGGUCUUUCUGCUGUUGAGGAAGCCGAAAGAAGCCGUAACGCCGAAGGCGACAUGGGCUUGGGCAAGAUGUUCUCCGACCCUAACUUGAUCCAAAAGUUGAAGGAGAACCCCAAGACCGCUGAAAUGAUGAACGACCCUAACCUCGUGGGCAAGGUUUUGCAGUUGCAGCAGAACCCCAAGGCGGGCAUGCAGACCAUGCUUUCCGACCCACGUAUGAUGACCAUCAUGGGUGUGUUGAUGGGUAUCGACUUGAACAUGUUUGAUAAGGAUUCUGCUCAACAGGCCCAGGCUGGCCAGUCCAAUCCUACUGAGAGUGCUCCUAAGGAGGAACCAAAGAAGGAGGAGCCAAAGAAGGAAGAGCCAAAGCCCGCUGCCAAGGAGCCAGAGGCUGAGUCUCAGGAUGUCGAGAUGGAGGACUCCUCCAAGGCUGAUGCCGAUGCCGCUAAGGCUGAGGGUAACGCCUUGUACAAGCAGAGAAAGUUUGACGAGGCCAUUGAAAAGUACAACAAGGCCUGGGAGCUUCAUCAGGAUAUCACUUACUUGAACAACAGAGCUGCCGCCGAGUUCGAGAAGCAAGACUACGAUGCUGCCAUUGCUACCUGUGAGAAGGCUGUCGAUGAGGGCAGAGGCAUGAGAGCCGACUACAAGAUCAUUGCCAAGUCUUUUGCUAGAAUUGGUAACUGUUACUUGAAGAAGGACGACUUGGAGAGCGCCGCCAAGUUCUUCGACAAGUCCUUGACUGAGCACAGAACCCCAGAUGUCUUGACCAAGUUGAGAAACACCCAGAAGGACAUCAAGACCAGAGAAGCCGAGAGCUACGUCAACCCUGAAAAGGCCGAGGAGGCCAGAUUGGAAGGUAAGGAGUACUUCACCAAGGGCGACUGGCCUAACGCUGUCAAGGCCUACACUGAGAUGGUCAAGAGAGCUCCAGAGGACGCUAGAGGCUACUCCAACAGAGCUGCCGCUUUGGCCAAGCUAAUGUCCUUCCCAGAUGCCGUCGAUGACUGCAACAAGGCCAUCAAGUUGGACCCAACUUUCAUCAGAGCAUACAUCAGAAAGGCUAACGCCCAGUUGGCCAUGAAGGAAUUCUCCCAUGUCAUUGAUACCUUGACCGAGGCCCGUACCAAGGACCAGGAGUUGAACGGUGGUAAGAACCUGGCUGAGAUUGACCAGUUGCUGAACAAGGCCAUGUCUCAGAGAUUCUCCUCCAUCGAGGGCGAGACCCCAGAGCAGACCAUGGAGAGAGUGUCCAAGGACCCAGAGAUUGUUGAGAUCUUGCAGGAUCCUGUUAUGCAAGGUAUCUUGGGCCAGGCCAGAGAGAACCCAGCUGCUUUGCAAGACCACAUGAGAAACCCAGAAGUGGCCAAGAAGAUCAACAUGUUGAUCGCCGCUGGUGUUAUCCGCACUCGUUAA